CGGAGACCCGGGCGCAGACCGCGCAUAUCACGAUUGAAUAAUAGGCCUACGUACGUAACUCAACUGGAGCUUUUUCUGGUGAACGAUAAGCAAAUUUGCUUUACAUAAAUAUUCCUAAUCGAGAUCACGAACGACAAUACGACCACGCUGGCCUUGGAAUUAAUCAAGUAAAUGUACAUGUAUAUAGAAUAUGCUAAUAACGUGCAUCUUUAUGGAGAGAGAUCGCAUGCUCCGACUUGACUUUGACCCAACGUGCUUACAAUAGCAGUGGAUAUAAAUAUACAGGAACAUACGCAAGUGGGAGUCUAUAUCGAGUUUUCAUGACCCAAUUUCCAAAAAUGAACGGAAAGAGAGUGGCUGUCAUCGGAGCUGGGGUCUCGGGACUUGUUGGAAUCAAAACGUGUGUGGAAGAAGGGCUCCAGCCAGUGUGUUUUGAGAAGCAACAACAACUGGGUGGCGCUUGGGUAUACGAUGAAGAUGGAGGCUCAGAUCCUAACGGCCCAGCGAGUGUCUACGACAAGCUCAUCACUAACAUCUGCAAAGAGAAUAUGGCCUACAGUGACUUCUCGUACCCUCAACAUGUGCCUCCAUUUCCAAAGAGGCAAGACGUUCUGCAAUAUUAUAUAGAUUACGCCGAGAAAUUUAAUCUGAACAAGUACAUCAAGUUUGACACAGCAGUUUUAGAAGUCACAAAAACUGCAGAUUUUCAAGAAACAGGAAGAUGGAGUGUGCGGUUUAUGCAUAAAGAUGGGCAGAUUGAAAGAGAGAUCUUUAACGCUGUGUUGGUAUGUACUGGAAUGUAUUCGUCUGGUAUGGUUCCUGAUUAUCCCGGGAAAAAUGAGUUCCAUGGUCAAAUCUUACACGGUGGUCAAUUCAGGACAGGGAGACACUUUCAGGACAAGACGAUUCUAGUAAUCGGGUCUUCACAUUCUGCCGGUGAUAUCGCCUGUAUGAGCUGCGAUUAUGCCAAACAGGUUUAUGUGAGUAUGCGCGAUGGUGCGUGGAUCGUUCCUCGUAUCCUGAACGGACGGCCUGCGGACACGUAUGUCAACCAAAGAUGGAAGGACCUCAUACCAAAAUGGAUCUACAAUUACCUGGUGAAGCGCGCGAUGAACUCCUCUCAGGACUGGAGAACACUUGGUAUACAGAGCAGCAAGCACCCCGCAUUCACCAAGUGUGUCAUGCUGAAUGACCAACUCCCUGUCAAGAUCAUGAGUGGUCAAGUCAUGGUCCGGAGUGGUGUUGAACGGUUUGAAGGGUCUAGGGUCAUCUUUGACGACGGAUCCUACCUGGAAGAUGUAGAUUGCGUCAUAUGCGCCACCGGGUACAAUGUGGAAACUCCAUUCUUGGAGGAGAAUAUACUCUUCGAUGACUCCAAUGAGUUGGAGCUUUAUAUGAACGUCAUACCACCAAAACUUGCGCAUCCUACUCUUGCUGCCAUUGGCCUUUUCAGAUCACGUGGUGGUGUAGGAUCGACCGUUGAGCUUCAAGUUCGGUACGCCAUCAGUGUCUUCAAGAAAGAGGUUAAACUGCCAAGCCGACAAGACAUGAUGGCGGAUAUUCUAAGGAGAAAGAGUGCCAUUAUCAAGCAUUUUGGUGGUGAAUUUCAACCAAGGAUCCUCCCGACGACGUACAACGACGAGCUUGCCCGAGCCAUUGGCGCUUUACCAAAUGUCUGGAGUCUAGUGUUUUCGGAUCCUAUCCUGGCCUACCACUACUACUUUAGUCCCGCCUAUCCACCUUGGACCAGGCUGGUGGGUCCGUACUCCAAACCCGAUGCUCGGCAAAGGAUCCUACAAUGUGGAAAAGACCUUGUUCGUGGAAUAGAAUUGAAAACGGUUCGACCUAGAGCACUUAAACGUUUGGACCAUGAUGAUAGAAAUAGGACUGUAUUGUAUGCCUUCUUUGUGUUGUGUGUGAUGGGUUUUUUCUUGGCGGUGGUAUUUUAGAAUGUAUAUGUGAUGGAGCUACAAAGAUUUCUAAGAAAUCAAGGCCCACAUAAUUAAAAAAAAAAUCAAGGCCAGUGUGAGUGUAAGUAGAACGUUGUGGCCCAGUGGAAUAGUCUCCGGACUUUGGAACAGAGGGUCGUGGGUUCAAAUCCUGUUACGAUACUG